GAUAUUAUAUUAAAGUGAGUGAUGAAUGUUUUAUGUAUGAUGUAUAUAUAAAACAAGUGUUUUACUUAUUAAAUUCCACGUAUAAUAAAAAAUGUAUGAUCGAUUUUGUUUAAAUUUUGUUACUUUUGUAACUAAAAUUUAUUCUAAUGUUUCUAUUCAAAAUGCACAUAAAAUUACAAUUUCACAAUUUAGAAUUCCUAUACAAGUACAUGUACGAAAUUAUUGUAAAGGAAAUCCAAGUAAAAUAAUAUUUGAUCAUUAUAACAAAAUAUAUGAAAAAGAAUUACAAGUACUUCUAGAAGAUCCAAAAUAUAAAGCUAUUUACGAUAGAUAUAAUUUAGAAUUGGAAUACAUAAAGUAUAAUACAGGAAGAGUACCUAAAACUUUAACAGCAUCUAACUGGUUACAUUUACUAAAAUCAUCAACAAAAACACAAAAAAGAUCUUAUAUAGACUUUCUUUGGAAAUUAGAAAAAAAAGAAGAACAUCGACAAGAAAAAAAGUUAAAAAAAAAAGAAAAAAAAGAAAUAGAAGAAAUAAAAAAGAAUGAAAAAUAUUUAUUAGGGAAUUCAUUAUUUUUCCGCAUACGUGACCAAACAAUAAAUGAGUUUUAUAAUAGCAGGCUGAUAAGUGCUAUGUUACAUGAACCAACAAUAAUAUAUGAUCUUGGAUAUGAUGAAUAUAUGGAUCCAUUUGAAAAAGAAAAUUGUGCAAAACAAUUAUUAUUAUCUUUUUCAACAAAUCGAAUACAUGAAGAACCUUUUAAUCUUUAUUUUUGUAAUGUGAAUUAUGAAAAUCGUGUUAUGCAGAAAUUUCAUAAAUUAUUACCACAAUUAUAUGAGCCACAUUUUCCAUUAAAUAUUACUUCAAAAUCUUAUUUAGAAAUAUUUGAUAAAAAUCAAUUAGUAUAUCUUACUCCUAAUGCUCAAACAAUUUUAGAAAAUUUUGAUCCUAAUCUAAUAUAUAUAAUUGGUGGAAUAGUAGAUAAGAGAGAUACUAAACCAUAUUCAUUUCAAAAAGCUAACAAAGAAGGUAUUAAAAUGAUGAGAUUACCCUUGAGUGAAAUGUUAAAUUGGGGAACAGGAUCUUCAAAAAAUCUUCCUCUCAAUCAAGUUCUUCAUAUCAUGUUAGAGUUAAAACGGACUAAGAAUUGGACCGAAGCAUUAAAUGUUAUACCUAAACGGAAAUUAAAGGAAAUUAAAGAAAAGGAGCAAAAAAGAAAACAAGAUAUAAUAAUGUACAAAUUUUAUAGAUAGAGAUUCUAGAAUUUAACAUAAAUAUAUUUGUUAUAAAUUAAAAUUAAAUAAAAUUUUAAUAAUUAAUUAAAAUUAUUAUAUAAUUUUAAUAUAAUUUUAAAUUAAUUUCUAAAUUAAUUAUAUUAUAGUUAUAAUACAAUAAAUAUUACAAUAUUAUACAA